AGUCCGCACAUGACAGAGGGGCGCGGGGCGUGCGCGACGCCGCGGGGCUGAACUGAGGGGCAGGACGCAGCCGCUGGCGGCGCGGUCAUGAACGGCUUCGCGCCUGAGGACGCGGCUCCGCGCGGGGGGGACCCCGCAGCCGCCGCCGCCGCUGCUGCUGCUGCUGCCGCCGCCGCCGCCGCCGCCGGGGCCAGCGCGGGCUCCGCUGUGGAGGUGCCGCCGCCACCGCCUCCAGUGCCGCCGCCGCCGCCGCCUCUCGGGGCCGCAGCCGGGGCCGGGGCCGUCGCGGGCGCUAACGCCGCCGCGGUUGCCGCUGCUGCUGCCGCCGCCGCCGCUGCGGGCCCGGCGGGCGCGGCGGGGCCCGGAGCCGGGCAGCUGUGCUGCCUGCGCGAGGAGGGCGAGCGCUGCGGCCGGGCCGCCGGCAACGCCAGCUUCAGCAAGCGCAUCCAGAAGAGCAUCUCGCAGAAGAAGGUGAAGAUCGAGCUGGACAAGAGCGCAAGGCAUCUUUAUAUUUGUGACUUUCACAAAAACUUAAUUCAGAGCGUGAGAAACAGAAGAAAGAGAAAAGGCAGUGAUGAUGAUGGUGACUCGCCAGUGCAAGACAUUGACACUCCAGAGGUUGACUUAUAUCAGUUGCAAGUAAACACGCUUCGAAGGUACAAAAGACACUUCAAGUUACAGACUAGACCAGGACUCAACAAAGCACAGCUUGUUGAAAUAAUUGGUUGCCAUUUUAGGACUAUUCCAGUGAAUGAAAAGGACACCUUAACAUAUUUCAUCUACUCAGUGAAGAAUGACAAGAACAAACCAGAUCUAAAGAUGGAUAGUAGUGUUCACUAGGAUAGAGAAAAUUGGGACUAAGACUCAAGUUACAAAUCAAAAGACUGUUUUUGACAUACAGAAGCCUUCUUUGUAAAUUUUUUUCAGAGAAUUGUCUCUGACUUUUAUUUUUCAUGGUCUUGCUGACUCAUUUGAAAACAGCCUCCUCUAAAAUGCAAUUUCCUUGGCAAAAAUAUUUUAAAUAAAUAUUAUUGAUAUUGUUGCUGAA